UUCGGAUCUUCCUUUCCCGCCGGCCUUUUAUCUCCUCUCCAAAACCUCUCCAAGAGAACAGUAUAGAGAACUUUCUUCUCCAAUCCAUCAUCCUAGAUCUCUUGUCAUAUCUCUGGUCGUUUGUCUUUUCAAGCAAGCAGAACUGCAGAAGAAAUGGCACCCAAAGGACCCUAUAAGCUGUGUACCGUCAACACGGCUCCUGAACGCGCAAAGCGGCUCGUCGGCCGCGUGGUUGAGGAUGUGAAGGCCGAAUAUACGAUUUUACAUCUUGCGAAUGCUGAAAGAAUCGAAGAUGUGAAAGCCAUGUGCGAGAAGAACCAACCUGAUGUCCUCUUCUGCGCCUCUAUGUGGACACCUCAAGAAAGCGAUGAGAUUCAAAGGAUAGCCAGGGAGACAGUUCCUGGAAUCAAGACAAUGGCAAUUCCGCAGGGAUUGCAGGUCGAGAAGGGACCGGAUGCUGUGGUUGAGUUUCUGAAAGAGAAUUGGCCGCGGUUGGUUGGGAAUUGAAGAACGUUGAACCGAUAAUUGAUAGUUGGGACUCUGUUUCGAAGAUCUAGUAAAGGGAUUGAUUAGGUGUUUACCAAGGAGACAGAUUCAUUACUACUUUCUUACAUGCCAUGCCUAUUAAGGUGCCUUAUAUCAAGGGAUAUCCACGCUUACCUCAAUACCAAUAUCCCGCCCUUCCAGACCGUGCCCCAAACUCCCAGAUAUGUAGUCCCUGCCCUCGAAUCUCUCGAGUCUCGAUGCUUUCUCUCAUCAUUAAU